AUGCCAUGCUGGUGCGCGUGCGGCUUGGAAAAACAAAGCAAAGUAGCGCCCUUUAACUUGCCCGCCCCCUCCAGCAGAGCCUCCUCUGUACGCACCCUGCAGCAGCGUGUCCCAGGCAUCUCCCCGAACAACAAAAGAAUGUGUGAACAAUGGAAAGAAAAGAAGUUUACUUGCACUUGGAAGGCCAACCCCUGCCUUUCCUUGGAGCCUUUCGCCCCAAGCAAGCCUUGCCAACUCUGCACACGUUUCCUGCGCCAAGCCCGCACCACGCCUUUAUUUGGGAUUCGUAUAAGGCGUCCCCUUCCUGUGCAGACCCUCGCUCUCUGCGCCAACAAAGACCCCUUCCUUGCUUUUCUCCAGGCGCAGACUGUGCUUUUUCUAGCUCCAAGCGCGCUUCUACCUCUUUCAGCUCUGCCAAAAGCUUUUCCUGGUCUCCCACUGCAGCACGCAGGCUCUCAAUAUGCCCUUGCAAGUCGUUCACAAGCCUUGCAUGCUUUCUCUUGGCAAAAUCGAGCUUCUCUGUGCUCUUCAUGUUCUUAG